AGCCGACUCCCCUUCCUUAUUGCUAAGAACCAAAGAAUCCUCGCAGGCCACGCGUGCUUGGCUCGGCUUCCCAAGCGGGCGCGCCGCAGCGCAGACGCACUGGUCCCGCCUUCCCACCAAUCUCGACCCUCGACGCGUUCCGUCGGCGCGUGCGGACCGGAGUCGAGUCUACGCGAGGCCGCUCGGCUGAAAGGGGCUUCGGAGAGCCCGGCGACGGCACGGAUGGCGGAUUCGCAGCUGUUCUGCGUGGCGGAGGAGCGCAGCGGUCACUGCGCCGUGGUGGACGGAAACUUCCUCUACGUGUGGGGGGGCUACGUGUCCAUUGAAGACAAUGAAGUAUAUUUGCCUAAUGAUGAAAUUUGGACCUAUGAUAUUGACAGUGGGUUGUGGAGGAUGCACCUGAUGGAAGGAGAGCUCCCCACCUCCAUGUCAGGCAGCUGCGGCGCUUGCGUCCACGGGAAGCUGUACGUGUUCGGAGGCUAUGAUGACAAAGGAUACAGCAACCGAGUAAUGCUUGCUUUUCAUCAUGGAGCACAGCAAGAUGCGAUACGAACGUAUCGUUUCCACUCCCAGCUUUAUUUCGUUAAUUUACGAACAAGAGAUGGAACCUAUGUUUGGGAAAAAAUCACCAACUUUGAAGGACAGCCACCUACCCCUCGUGAUAAGCUUUCCUGCUGGGUGUAUAAAGACAGAUUAAUAUAUUUUGGUGGUUAUGGGUGUAGGAGACACAAUGAACUUCAAGACUGUUUUGAUGUUCAUGAUGCAUCUUGGGAAGAGCAGAUAUUCUGGGGAUGGCAUAAUGACAUCCAUGUAUUUGACACAAAGACACAGACUUGGUUUCAACCAGAAAUUAAGGGUGGAACUCCACCCCAGCCACGCGCCGCGCAUUCGUGUGCAGUUAUUGGAAAUAAGGGUUACGUCUUUGGUGGACGUGUUCUGCAAACACGGAUGAGUGACUUGCACUAUCUAAACUUAGACACCUGGACCUGGUCUGGAAGGAUUCGUGUUAAUGGAGAAAGCCCAAAACAUCGGUCAUGGCACACUUUAACACCAAUUGCUGAUGAUAAGCUUUUCCUGUUUGGAGGACUAAGUGCAGAUAAUAUUCCAUUAAGUGAUGGUUGGAUUCAUAAUGUCAUAACAAAUUGUUGGAAACAGCUCAUACAUUUACCUAACACAAGACCCAGAUUAUGGCACACAGCCUGCUUGGGAAAAGAAAAUGAAAUAAUGGUAUUUGGUGGGAGCAAAGAUGACUUACUUUCCUUGGAUACAGGUCACUGUAAUGAUUUACUGAUCUUUCAAACACAGCCUUACUCACUACUCAGGUCAUGCCUUGACUGCAUUGGUAAAAAUGCUAUCAUUUUAAAAAGUCAGAUAUCUUUGUUACCUCCUAAACUCCUACAACAAGUACUCAAAAAAAUAACAUUCUGGACUGCAGCUAAUCACCGGGAAGAACAAAGAGUUCAGAAAGAAACAGACAAGAAGUGCCAGGGGGUCAGUAGCAGCUGAAUGGAUGCACACCCCGCCUAUAGGAUACAGCAAGCCAUUCAGUCAGAUUCCACGCCCUGCUGCAAGCUUCAUUUCAGGAUAAAGUUUGAUACAGAAACGUCCUGCAAAAGUCACAUAUGGCAUGGGAUUUGUGGACAUAAGAUGCGAAUGUAGGUUCCUUUAUUUCCUUGUAAACUGCAGAGCAAAUAUCCUUACUUACAGAAACUUUCUGAAACUUAUAACAGCUCUUAAUGUUUACAGGAAGAUUAUGCAAAUUUGAGAAAAAAUUACCCUAAGGAUUUUAUAAAUAUAUAUGUGUGUAUUCAUUUUUCAGAAAAGUAUACAUUUUCUCAGAUUACUUUAAAAUUACCUAAACAUCUCCUUAAAUAGCUCAGUUAUUAAAUAACUUCUCCUUCAAUAACUAAUAAAUAUGGCCAAAAAUUACACAAUGGGCGUGGCAUUCACAUGGAACUCCUGCCCUUUUAGCACUUUUCUAGCGUCCACAGGCUGCAUCAGAGCUUUCUUUGAAUAGAAUACAUGUUUUCAAUUUUAUAUCCUUUGCCACCACUAUUAGCUAGUCCAGCUUUUAAUAUAAAGAUCAUGUUUUAUGGUAGAGAAAGUGGAGACUAAUUCAUCAUACAAAGAAUUUGGAUAAUGAGACAUGGAACAUUUAUUAACGUUUGAAAUACUUAAAAGUUUUCAUGGACCAGGUUUGGUGGAUUCACCUAUAAUCCCUGCACUUGGCAGGCUGAGGCAAGAGGAUCACCACGAGUUCAAGGCCAGCCUGGGGUCCAUAGUGAGUUCAAGGAGGCCUGAACUGCAUAGCUGCGUCUCAAAAAAAUUUUUUUUUUGCCUUAGAAAAAUAUUGCUAAUGUCAUUUUUGUAAGCACUGAAAUGGGUGGUAAUCUAUUUUGCCUUUAUUAAAAUCCCUCACUUUGGCCCAUAUUGCUCUAGAGCUGAUACUCAAGACACCAACAUGUUCAAGAUCUGGUGUCUUCUCGUUUGUUUUUAAUGUCACCAUCUGUUCAGAAGUGGAGCACUGUAUAGUCCCCCAAAUGGUACUUCCACCAUAAUUGAGACAUUUUUCUUUGUAUUAUGACACUCAUGCCCUGCCAUUGACUAACUGGUUGUAAUUACUAAUUUUAUACAGUGUAUAAAAUUACUGGCAGCUGGGCUAAGUCCAUGCAAGUUUUGUCAAAUUAAAAUGUUAGAGAAGUGUUUCUGUAGCCUGUGGUCUUUGGUUAGAGAGAUUUUUAUCCAGAUACACUGUAUUGUGGAUGUGCAAAGCCAUUUAUGGAAUUUUCUGGAAUAUUUUGUGCACGUUUUAUUUAUUGUACAGAGCGUUACUUUUUCGGUGUUGUCAUUAGAUUGUGCAAAAACAA